UUCUGCCAAUGGGUUCAUACAGGCUAUUCUUUGUUCUAGUUAGUAUAGCCAAUCAAUGACAGGGUGUACUAGUUCUCCAAUACAGCACAUACUAUUUCUUUAUUUUGAACUGUCGGUACCAAGUUCAACAAAAGUAGGAAAUAAAACUCCAGUCUCCAGACAUGGCUUUAGCGGGAGUUAGAGCUUCAUACCACAGGAUUCUUAACCAGAUAGAGCUUCUACUACCUGGUAAACUGAGACCUUUCUACAACCAUCCAGCAGGUCCAAAGACAGUUUUCUUCUGGGCACCAGUGUGUAAAUGGGGCCUGGUUAUGGCUGGCAUGGCUGAUAUGACACGGCCAGCUGAUAAACUGAGUGUCUCUCAGUCUGGAGUACUCAUGGUCACAGGUGUCAUUUGGUCCCGAUAUUCCCUUGUCAUCAUUCCGAAGAACUGGGGUCUUUUUUUUGUCAACGGUUUUCUUGGAUUGGCAGGAGCCAACCAAUUUGUUAGAAUCUGGAUGUACCAACAGGAAGUAAAGAAGCAACAGGACGAGAAGGCCCAGAUCCCCAUCAUAUAAUCCACACACACACACACACACAAUAUCGGGUUUUGGCUUGAACUCUCAAUAUUUUUAAUAGAUUUGUGCCCCUUAAAUAUUUACUCAAUAUUAUGUGCAAUUUUAAUACAGUUGUUUGUAGGAUUACGUAAUUGUUGUAAUUUAAAUAAAUGAAUGUAUUUAUGAAAGUUGUAUCUGUAACAUAGCUAAAAUCGUUAUUUAUUUUCUGUAGUAGAAAUGUUACAACCUUGUAGGCCAACAGGCCAGAUUAAUUAAAGAUUCAGCUGUUUUGAUAUAAAGAUUCAGCUGUUUUGAUAUAAAGAUUCAGCUGUUUUGAUAUAAAGAUUCAGCUGUUUAGAUAUAAAGAUUCAGAUGUUUUGAUAUAAAGAUUCAGCUGUUUUGAUAUAAAGAUUAA